AUGACACCAAAUCAGCGGGAAACUGCAUGCAAGAAGCUUCGAAUUAGCGCACGGCUGUUAGCAAAUUCAACCACCACACCCGAGGCUACAGGACUGACCAUUUCAGAGUUUUUAACUCGGUCGAUUACUUGGCGUAGAUUGGCUGAAUUUCUAAUUUCAGAGCACGUGAAUUUGUUACAAAUCAUCAUGGAAAUUAUCAAUUGCGAUGACGAAAAUGAUGUUGGUGGAGAAAAAAUUGACGACGACGAUGAUGAUGAUGAUGAUGGAAAUAGUAAUAAUGAUGAGGACGACGAUGAUGGGGGAGAUAGUGAUGAUGAUGAGGACGACGAUGAUGGGGGAGAUAGUGAUGAUGAUGAGGACAACGAUGAUGAUGAAAGCAGGCUGAUGAAAGAUUGUGCCAAGACUUUGAUGAAUGCCGCCAUUGCAAUAAAAUGGAGACUGGAGAGAAAAAAAAGAUUGGAAGAUGAGAAAGAUGAGGAAGAAGAAGAAGAUGAUGAUGAGGAUGAUGAAGAUGAUGAAGAAGAAAAAGAAGAGAAAGAAGAAGAUGAAGACGACGAAUAA